AUGGGUGCGUGGAAACAACGGCAAUCGGCAAUCUCGGAACCUCAUGAGAAGAGGGCUGAGAGAAGAGCUGAAAGGAGGGACUUUGGCCCGGGAGGGGGCGAGGUUAUAUUGAAGGCCUUGGUUGGGGAUGCGAAGCCUGGAUGUCAGAUAAUUGGGCGGAAGUCGACUGUUUGCGUUUUUCAUGGUCCUUUAGCUAGGCAGAAGCGACAUCCCCUACUACUCAAGAGGGUCUCUCUCAUUGAGCGCUUAGCUCCUAGUAUAAUUCCUAGCAAGGAACCACUUUAUAAUCCACUAGACCCUAGGUCCAAUCCUCUGCAAAAUAGAAGCUUCUGA